AUGGAUUCUGCGGAGAAAGUUGACGGUGCUGAUGUUGUUAUUCCUUUGUCAUCGGUUCAACAAGUUACUGAUAGGUAUGCUAACACUUUGUUUGGAUAUUUUCUGGGUAAACGGUUGGCAUUUCCUGUGGUUGAAUACUUUGCUAAGAACAACUGGGCUAAAUAUGGGCUUUCUCGGCUCAUGAUGAAUGCAAACGGGGUAUUUUUCUUUAAGUUUACUUCUAAGGAAGGGAUGAAUCAAAUGCUAGAGGAUGGGCCUUGGCUAAUCAGAAGUGUUCCCAUAAUUUUGAAGGAGUGGUCGCCCUCUAUCAAGAUGGAAAAAGAGGAUAUUAAAGUGGUCCCAGUUUGGGUUAAGAUGCAUGAUGUGCCUUUAGAGGCAUUUACUGAGGAUGGGCUUAGCUUGGUUGCCUCUAUGAUUGGGAUACCAAAGAUGUUGGAUACGUAUACUGCCUCGAUGUGUGCUGAAUCUUGGGGAAGGAGCAGCUAUGCUAGAGCACUCAUUGAAGUGCAAGCGGGGGCUGAAUUAAAAAGGAGCGUUACAGUUGCUAUCCCAUCGAUGGAUGGUAGUGGGUAUUCUAAGGUGGAGGUCAGGAUUGAAUAUGAUUGGGAGCCUCUUAGGUGCUCCUCGUGUUGUGUGUUUGGUCAUGAUGACAGCUCGUGCCCAAAUAACCCUCAGGUAUCUUCUAUUGGAGUUGCUGAAAAGAACAAUGAUGAUUUUCAGGUUGUAGGGGCCAAGAAGAAGAAAGUGAAUAACCAAGGCAUCCAUAUGAAAAAUCAGAAGCCUAAGGGAGGUACAACUGUGGGGCGAGUGGAGAAGAAACAGUCGAAUGACAGGCAGGGGUCGGAUGAGGAGGAGGGGCAAGCACCUCUUCUACCAAGUUCUCUAAUGGAAAGGCUAUCUGCUUUUCGUUUGAAGGGGCUGCGGUUUUGUGGCUACUUUGUCUUUGAUGAUGGCGGUUGA